AGGUAACCCCGAUAGCGACUGUUGCGCUGUGCAGUCGAUCAAUUUCUUAGUCGUGUUAAGGACGCGCAUAACAUCGAUCGCACAUAGAUUAUUCAUGUCGAACUGUUUUUUAAAAAUUAUUUUUAAUUUAAUUUAAAUUUUUUUUUUUUUUUUUUAACACCCUUAACGUUGAAUCAUUGUACGGACCGCAACGGUAUACGGUAUAGAACAGUGUAACGUCGCUUCGGUGAAAUUCGACGUGCAUAGGAGUUCGCAGCGUGCACGUGCGGAUGGAAAAAUACGUGUAGGCGACAAUAAUAAUAAUAAUAACGACGACGACCAGUGCCCCCCACCCGCGGGUGUUUUGCACCGGACGAUCGGCUGAUGUCGCGUAGCCGACGACGAGCAACGAAGCCCGACCGUUCCGGGACGGUGCGAAACCCAAACGGAUUAGAAGCGACGUCGUUUUCGUAACACGGCAUGUCCGCCGAACGGAUGUGAUGCACUGGCGGUUGACGAACGCGUGCGGAGACAGUUGCGGACCGAACGCGAUCACCGACCCGGGCGAAAUGGCUAAACAUACUCUACUUAAAUGGAUAUUGUGUAUCGUGGCAGUGAUGGAAUUAAAUGCGGCUGUGGCGGCUGACGGCUGCUGGCCUCGGAAGUUCAAGUACGGCACGGUGUGCGUGUGCAACUCGACGCACUGCGACCGGACGCCGGAACCGGAACCGCUGGCCGCCGGCAAGUACGCGCUUUACGUGUCGUCGAACGCCGGCAGUCGGUUGACAAGGACCGGCGACGGGUCGUUCGCGCCGUCGCUCGACUCGCAGUGGGUCGGCCAGGAGAUCGACGUGGACGAGGCGACCACGUACCAGACCAUCCGCGGGUUCGGCGGCGCGUUCACCGAUUCGGUCGGUAUCAACGUCAAAUCGUUGAGCCCCAACGCCCAACUCAACCUGCUCAGGUCGUAUUUCUCAGACGACGGUAUCAAAUACAACAUUGGGCGAGUUCCGAUCGGAGGCACAGAUUUCUCGACGCGCAAGUACACGUACGCCGAUACUAAAGGCGUUCCAGACUUAAGCAAUUUCGACUUGGCCCCCGAAGAUAUAGAACUCAAAAUACCUCUGAUAAAGACCGCCAUGGGGAUGGUUUCUGACGAGCUGAAGUUGAUCGGAUCGGCGUGGUCGGCUCCGCCAUGGAUGAAAACCAACAACGACUACUCCGGAAUCGGUUUUCUCAAACCGAUGUACAUGGAAGCGUGGGCCGAUUAUCAUAUAAAGUUUUUGGACGAGUACCGCAAACAGAACCUGACCUUUUGGGCCCUGACCACGGGUAAUGAACCGCUCAACGGCAUUGUGCCGGUCAACCGGUUCAACUCGAUGGGCUGGACACCGGUGUCGCACCGCGAGUGGAUUGGACGUUACAUGGGGCCCCGGCUGAAGGGUUCCGAACAUAAGGACACACUACUGUUUGCUAUCGACGACCAGAGGAUCGUUCUGCCUUGGUGGAUAAAAAUGCUCAUGAGCGACGAACAGUGCGCAAAGUACAUCGACGGCGUGGCCGUCCACUGGUAUUUGGACUUUAUCGUUCCGGUUAAAGUGCUGGACGAAGUGCACAAAGACUUCGGCAACAAGAUUAUAAUGAACACCGAAGCGUCGCAAGGAGACAAACCGUGGGACUUCGUCAAAGUUCAACUGGGUAGCUGGACCAGAGCCGAGAAUUACGCGAACAACAUAAUCGACGAUUUAAAUCAUUGGGUACAAGGCUGGUUGGAAUGGAAUCUAGCUUUAGAUAUGACAGGCGGACCAACAUGGGUAUCUAAUUUCAUCGACUCACCUAUCAUUAUCGACAAGACUAAGGACGAAUUCUACAAGCAACCAAUGUUCUACGCCAUUGGACAUUUUUCUAAAUUUAUAUCUAGAGGUUCCACGCGAAUAAAAUUGACUCAGACUACUGUUGUCAAGUCUGUGGGUUUCAAAAGACCAGAUGGAGCUAAAGUCAUCAUUCUAUACAACAGAAGAAACAAAUCGGUCAACAUUUCCAUCAGAGAUUCUAAACGAGGUGUUAUAGGUUUAAGUUUACAAAAACAGUCUAUAAAUACACUGAUUUACUGGUGAGAAUGAACAGUAGUUUCAUGAACACUUUUUUUUUUUCAA